UUCCAUUCGGGCCUCGAGCUACAAUGAAGAAAGUCAUAGCGGCACUCCUGAUCCUCUUUGCCUCUCUAUUUCUCGGAUCCCGAGAGGGAUCGGCUUUCCUGCUCGACGCGGAAUGUGGAAGGUCGCUUCCAACUAACGCUAAGCUAACUUGGUGGAAUUACUUUGAUAGCAGCACUGACAUACAGGCCAAUCCUUGGAUUGUUUCGGUGAUAGUGAAUGGCAAGGCCAAAUGCAGUGGAUCGCUCAUCAAUCAUAGAUUUGUUUUGACAGCAGCACAUUGCGUAUUUAGAGAAGCCAUGCAGGUGCACUUGGGUGAUUUCGACGCCUGGAAUCCUGGACAAAAUUGCAGCUCGGGUGCUCGCUUAUCAAACGCAUACUGCGUUCGGAUCGACAAGAAGAUCGUGCACGCCGGAUUCGGCAAAAUACAAGCCCAACAGUACGACAUUGGCCUACUCCGGAUGCAGCAUGCGGUGCAGUAUUCAGACUUCGUGCGCCCCAUUUGCCUGCUCAUCAAUGAGCCAGUGGCGGCCAUCGACCGAUUCCAGUUGACCGUCUGGGGCACCACUGCAGAAGACUUUCGCAGCAUACCACGGGUGCUGAAGCAUUCCGUUGGGGAUCGUAUCGAUCGCGAACUCUGCACCUUGAAGUUCCAGCAGCAGGUGGACGAGUCGCAGAUAUGCGUCCACACCGAGACGAGCCACGCAUGCAAAGGGGAUUCCGGUGGCCCCUUUAGCGCAAAAAUUCUCUACGGGGGCACGUAUCGCACCUUCCAGUUUGGCAUCAUCAUCUUCGGCUUGAGCUCCUGUGCGGGCCUAAGUGUCUGCACCAAUGUGACUUUCUACAUGGACUGGAUCUGGGAUGCUCUGGUUAACUUGUCGGCAUGAGGACAUAAGUUAUAAGUUAUAAGUGUAUAAGUUAUUAUAAACGUUUAAGCUGCAGUAAAGAUUUGGAAUAGC